AUGUUGCAGAAGGCCUUUGGAGAUAAGGCUAUAUAUAAGUCGCAAAAAAAUGUUUACAAGUGGUACAAAGACUUCAAAGAAGGCCGAGAACGAGUUCAAGACGAACAGCGCCUCGGACGACCAUUAACAUCUACCGAUGAAAGCCACAUCAAGGAAAUCAAAGAUUUGCUGUUCGAAAAUCGUCGAUUGACAAUUAGAGACCUUGCUGAUGCUACGGAUCGACGUUGCAAUGAUAAUACUCCCUGGUGUAAUGAUGAAAAUACGAAUUUGGAACUUAGUCCCAAAUGUGUCAAUGCAAAGUCAAGAGACACGGUAGUGUCUUGUGCCAAGUACACGCAAGAGCAAAGUGACGCACACGGGUUGCGAGACCGACCGGUCUCUUUACGCGAAGCACUUAGUUGA